GGAGCCGGGUGACUUCCUUCCUGUAGGUUUGGCGUCUUCACAGUUUGAACGUAUCUGACGCAGCUCGUCCAAUAGUGUGAGUCCACAUUCUGAACAGGAAAGAGGGAGAGCACAGAGCUUUGAUAAGCCACACUGCCAGAUCCGUGUGGAGCCACAGAGAGCAGCUGCACCACGGUGAGGCAGGCCACGGCACCGGGUGAAUGCGGUCCUACACUUGGGACUCUGCCGCAGACUCUUCCCCUUAAUUGAUGGACACAAAAAACGAUUCUUAUCAGAAACGGACCAUAAACGCCUUUUUCUCUUUGAUCGAAAGCCAACAGGAUUGAGAGGGACGUAUUUGUCUGUGGGUUGUCUUCAUCGAAGGCAGGUUGAGUGACUGCACAGACCUCACUUGGCAAACUCUGAAACCCCUUUAACAAUAUCCAUUGAUUUAAGGCAGCGGAGGUUGUUGGUUUUUGGAUAACGUUGUGUGAGAAGCAGCCGUCUGCCCGUUCGCCAUGGAGAACGCACACACGAAGAGUGUGGAAGAAGUUUACAGUUAUUUCUGCGUCAAUGAAAGCACAGGACUUUCCCUGGAGGAGGUGAAGCGGCAAAAGGAGAAAUGGGGCCUGAAUGAAUUACCGGCAGAAGAAGGGAAAUCUUUAUGGGAGCUCGUCCUUGAACAGUUUGAAGACUUGCUUGUACGGAUUCUUCUAUUGGCUGCCUGCAUAUCUUUUGUUUUAGCCUGGUUCGAAGAGGGAGAAGAAACCAUAACAGCAUUUGUGGAACCUUUUGUAAUUUUACUCAUUCUUAUCGCUAAUGCCAUUGUCGGAGUAUGGCAGGAACGUAAUGCUGAGGACGCCAUUGAAGCACUGAAGGAGUAUGAGCCAGAGAUGGGCAAAGUCUAUCGUCAGGACAGGAAGACAGUGCAACGAAUCAAGGCCAGAGACAUUGUACCUGGGGACAUCGUGGAGGUGGCUGUUGGGGACAAGGUGCCUGCUGAUAUCCGGAUUUGUUCUAUCAAGUCUACCACUCUGAGGGUUGACCAGUCCAUUUUAACUGGAGAGUCUGUGUCUGUGAUCAAACACACAGACCCUGUACCUGAUCCUCGGGCUGUCAAUCAGGACAAGAAGAACAUGCUCUUUUCUGGCACAAACAUCGCUGCUGGUAAAGCCGUGGGCGUUGUGGUGGCUACAGGUGUGAACACUGAGAUCGGGAAGAUUCGUGACGAGAUGGUCGCCACGGAACAAGACAAAACGCCUCUGCAGCAGAAACUGGACGAGUUUGGGCAGCAGCUGUCCAAAGUCAUCUCCAUCAUCUGCAUCGCCGUGUGGAUCAUCAACAUCGGACACUUCAACGACCCCGUCCAUGGGGGCUCCUGGAUCCGGGGGGCUGUGUACUACUUUAAAAUUGCGGUGGCUCUGGCCGUGGCUGCUAUCCCAGAGGGGCUGCCUGCUGUCAUCACCACCUGCCUGGCUCUGGGGACUCGUCGCAUGGCCAAGAAGAACGCCAUUGUCAGAAGCCUGCCCUCUGUGGAGACCCUGGGCUGCACCUCUGUCAUCUGUUCCGACAAGACAGGGACAUUGACCACCAACCAGAUGUCUGUGUGCCGAAUGUUCAUCCUCAACAAAGCCGAAGGGGACAGCUGCUCCCUGAGCGAGUUCACUGUCACAGGGUCGACCUACGCUCCAGAGGGAGAAGUAUAUCAAGACGGUAAACAAGUAAAAUCAUCCCAGUUUGAUGGUCUGGUUGAGCUGGCCACCAUCUGUGCUCUUUGCAAUGACUCAUCACUGGACUUCAAUGAGGUGAAAGGAGUGUAUGAGAAGGUAGGUGAAGCCACAGAGACUGCCCUGACCUGUCUGGUGGAGAAAAUGAACGUGUUUGACACUGAAGUGCACAACCUGUCCAAGAUUGACCGCGCCAACGCCUGCAACUCUGUGAUCAAGCAGCUGAUGAAGAAGGAAUUCACACUGGAGUUUUCUCGAGACCGAAAGUCCAUGUCUGUGUACUGUACCCCCAACAAGUCCCGUUCAUCUCUGGGCAAGAUGUUUGUCAAGGGAGCUCCAGAGGGAGUGAUAGACAGGUGCACUCACGUCAGAGUGGGCAACACCAAAGUUCCUCUGACCAAAGGCAUCAAAGAGAAGAUCUUGUCUGUGAUCCGUGAGUAUGGGACGGGCCGAGACACACUCCGCUGUCUGGCCCUGGCCACAAGGGACUCGCCCCCAAAGAUGGACGACAUGAUCUUGGCCGAUACUGCCAAGUUCUCAGAGUAUGAGUCCGACCUGACGUUUGUGGGCUGCGUGGGGAUGUUGGACCCUCCCCGACAGGAGGUCGCGGCUUCUAUCACACUGUGUCGCCAGGCCGGGAUCCGCGUCAUCAUGAUCACCGGGGACAACAAGGGCACGGCGGUGGCUAUCUGCCGUAGGAUCGGAAUUCUGACGGAGGAGGACGACGUGGAGAAAAUGGCCUUCACUGGGCGUGAGUUUGACGAGCUGUCUCCGACUGCUCAGAGGGAGGCUGUUACCCGCGCUCGCUGCUUUGCCCGAGUUGAGCCCUCACACAAGUCUAAGAUUGUGGAGUAUCUGCAGGGCUUUGAUGAGAUCACAGCUAUGACAGGAGAUGGUGUGAAUGAUGCUCCAGCUCUGAAGAAGGCAGAGAUUGGUAUCGCCAUGGGCUCUGGGACUGCUGUGGCCAAGUCUGCCUCUGAGAUGGUCCUUGCUGAUGACAACUUCUCCUCCAUCGUGGCCGCUGUCGAAGAGGGAAGAGCCAUUUACAACAAUAUGAAGCAAUUCAUCAGAUACCUCAUCUCCUCCAACGUUGGGGAGGUCGUCUGUAUCUUCCUGACAGCGGCCCUUGGCUUCCCAGAGGCCCUGAUCCCAGUACAGUUGUUGUGGGUGAAUUUGGUCACAGACGGACUUCCUGCCACAGCUCUGGGCUUUAACCCCCCAGACCUGGACAUCAUGGAGAAACCUCCCCGGAACGCUAAAGAGCCCCUCAUCUCCGGCUGGCUCUUCUUCAGAUACCUCGCCAUUGGAGGUUAUGUUGGUGCUGCGACAGUGGGAGCUGCUGCCUGGUGGUUCAUUCUUUCAGACGAUGGACCUCAAAUCACUCUGUACCAAUUGAGCCACUUCCUACAGUGUGACCCCGACAGCUUGGAGUUUGAGGGUCUGGACUGUCACGUGUUUGAGUCUCCGUAUCCCAUGACGAUGGCUCUGUCUGUGCUGGUCACCAUUGAGAUGUGCAAUGCCCUCAACAGUCUGUCAGAGAACCAGUCCCUGCUGCGGAUGCCUCCCUGGGAGAACAUCUGGCUGCUGGGGGCCAUCUGUCUUUCAAUGUCUCUGCACUUCCUCAUUCUCUAUGUCGAGCCUCUGCCGGUCAUCUUCCAGAUCACGCCUCUGGACUCGACCCAGUGGCUGAUGGUGCUAAAGAUCUCCAUGCCUGUUAUCCUGCUGGACGAGCUGCUGAAGUUCAUGGCCCGAAACUACCUGGAGCUGGGUAAACAUCUGGAGAGAGCGCCCCCUAAAGGCUGCUCUUUGUCCCACUGCACCAACGGCAUCUCCUGGCCCUUCGUGGCUCUGUCACUGCCCCUGGUGCUGUGGGUCUACCUCCCUGAAAACACUAACCUAGCCUCCCUCUGGCGUUGAAGCCUUCACCUCCCCCUCCCACCGUGAGCACCGUGUGGAGUGGACAUUAACACAAACAACUAACUUUAAUCAUGGAAAAGUCAACAUUUGGCUUUGUAAAGCUUAGGACCAUUACAAAACAUGGGGUAAGGGACAAAGACUGACGAACGUAACAUAUUUUUAUUUACAUUUCUCUAUACUCCUAUUUUCAGCAAGUAGACGAUAACAAUCAAUUAAUUUAUGGAAUUAAUGGAAAUUUGGCUUUGUAAAAAUCUGUCUAUUUGAAUAUGCGCCAAAAGGGACUGCAGGGAACUGACAGGUCGUCCCAAUGUUUGUUUCUUUUUGGUCCUAUUUAAACAGAUAGAAGUAACCACAGAGUAGGUAUAAGAGAUGUACAGAGAAUUUACAAAGCUAUUUUAUAAUGAUGAAUAUUUUGUAAUUUUGGGGGCGGGGCAUAGGGACGAGAAUGUAGUGCGUUUUGGAGAGAUGCAUUUCAGGGGAGCAUAGACUACAAGUGACUGGUCUGUUUUUAAAGUCAAUUUGAAAGUU